UAAGGCCUAGGUGAAAUCCGCUGACAUCAAGCGGAGGAUCCGGCGGGGAGUCUUGAAACACGAGGCCUAACAACAUGGCAAAAUUUCAGGCUCCAGUAAUAAAUGACAACGCAUUGGGAUGGGGCCCGUGCGCCAUACCUGAUCAAUUCAAAGACAUGCCCUACCAGCCUUUCAGCAAAGGAGAUCGUCUGGGCAAGGUUGCAGACUGGACUGGGGCCACAUACCAGGACAAGAGAUAUACCAAUAAAUACUCUUCCCAGUUUGGAGGUGGCAGCCAGUAUGCAUAUUUCCACGAUGAGGAUGAAACCAGCUUCCAACUUGUGGAUACCACAAAGAUGCAGAAGACUGCAUACCAGAGGAACAGGAUGCGAUUUGCACAGAGGAAUCUCCGUCGGGACAAAGACAGGCGCAAUAUGCUUCAGUUUAACAUGCAGACGCUGCCCAAGAGCGCCAAGCAGAAGGAGAGGGAUCGCCUAAGACUUCAGAAGAAAUUCCAGAAACAAUUUGGUGUACGUCAGAAGUGGGAUCAGAGAUCUCAGGCCCAGUUGAAGCCCCGUGAUUCCUCUGUAGAGGUGCGGAGUGACUGGGAAGUAAAGGAGGAGAUGGACUUCCCACGGCUAAUGAAGAUGCGUUAUAUGGAGGUGGCUGAUCCAACAGACAUAGAGUGCUGUGGGGCCGUGGAAUACUAUGACAAAGCAUUUGAUCGAAUUACCACCAGAAACGAAAGACCUUUGAGGAGUAUUAAAAGAAUAUUCCACACAGUGACUACCACUGAUGAUCCUGUUAUUCGCAAGCUGGCCAAAACCCAGGGCAAUGUCUUUGCUACUGAUGCCAUACUUGCCACGCUUAUGUGUUGCACACGUUCAGUCAAUUCCUGGGACAUUGUGGUCCAGAGAGUGGGGUCGAAGAUCUUCUUCGAUAAGAGAGACAAUUCAGACUUUGAUUUGCUCACAGUGAGUGAAACUGCCAAUGAGCCUCCUCAGGAUGAAGUGAACUCCUUAAACUCCCCCCGGAAUCUGGCCAUGGAGGCCACUUACAUCAACCACAAUUUCUCUCAACAGUGUCUACGAAUGGGAAAAGAGAAGCACACAUUUCCCAACCCAAAUCCCUUCAUAGAGGAUGACGUGGACAAAAAUGAAGUGGCAUCUGUUGCAUAUAGGUACCGGCGAUGGAAGCUUGGAGAUGAUAUUGACUUGGUGGUGCGAUGCGAACAUGAUGGAGUGAUGACUGGGGCUAAUGGAGAGGUGUCAUUUAUCAAUAUCAAGACUCUAAAUGAGUGGGAUUCCAAGUAUUGUAAUGGUGUGGACUGGCGACAGAAACUGGACUCCCAGAGAGGGGCAGUGAUUGCCACUGAGCUUAAGAAUAACAGCUACAAACUGGCCCGUUGGACUUGCUGUGCUCUGCUGGCUGGAUCAGAAUACCUGAAACUAGGCUAUGUAUCCCGUUACAAUGUAAAGGAUUCCACUCGCCACGUGGUCCUGGGCACUCAGCAGUUUAAGCCCAACGAGUUUGCCAAUCAGAUUAAUCUGAGCAUGGAAAAUGCAUGGGGCAUCCUUCGCUGUGUGGUGGACAUCUGCAUGAAGCUGGAUGAGGGAAAGUACCUGAUACUGAAGGAUCCAAACAAGCAAGUUAUUCGUAUCUAUAGCCUACCUGAUGGCACUUUCAGCUCCGAUGAGGAGGAAGACGACGAUGAUGAGGAUGAGGAAGUUGAAGAGGAGGAAAGUUGAAAAGCUCUGAUGGCUCCAACGUCUAUUUCCUUCAUACAAUUCCUCAUGGAUCCUCCAUAAUUUCCUGUUAAACGAGAAACUAAUAAAGAUUAUUCAACUCCUA